AAUGAAUAGUAUAAUUUAAAGUUUCGGUUCAUGUAAAUCAACAGACGAAUCCAAUAAAAUGCCAAUAGUAUACAGAAACAAGUAGCAAUACAAUAGGAAGAUAUCAAAGUGCGUGCCGUUUUUAUAUAAAGCAACAGAAAAUUUCAAAAAAGCCAAAUAACGAAUUAAUCUCUACAGUUCCAGAUAUGAGUCGGUUAAUAUUUGUUGUAACAGCAUUCGCUUUGGUGGAAUUGUCAAAAGCUCAAGUUGUCAAUGGAAACUGGGGAUCAUGGUCUGCUUAUGGAGCAUGUUCAGUGACAUGUGGUAAUGGACAAUACACCCGGACAAGACAAUGUGACAACCCAGCGGCAUCUGGUGGUGGAACGGACUGUGCUGGUGACGAUUCAGAAAGUAACAGUUGCUGGACUUCAACUUGUUAUCCCAAUCAACUUGGAAACUUAGAUAAGAAUUGUGGUGCCGAUAACUAUGGCUGCGUAUCCGGUUUAGUGACUUGUGUAACCAGUGCAAAAAGGUGUGAUGGAGCUGUUGAUUGUUCUGAUGGUAGUGACGAAGAUCUUACACAUGCUGGUUGUAUAACAACAUGUUCAGGAGCAGAUUCUAUGACGAUGUCAGUUAUGCUUGUAGCAUCCAUGUGGAUAUUCAUGAAAAUGUUUAAGCAGUAAAAGGAGCCAUGCAACAAACACAAUCAAUUCGAACUAAUCAUCUGAUGAACAUGUUUAAAUUUCAAAUUUGUAU